CGCUGUUGUUGACACUUCGACAGGCGACAAUGGCGACCGAAGUGAGACAGGAGCUUGCACAGCUGAUGAAUUCAAGUGGAUCUCAUAAAGAUCUUGCUGCCAAAUAUCGCCAAAUUUUGGACAAGGCCAUUCAGUUCACAGAUGCAGAUCAACUGGAAUCCUUGAAGGCCUUUGUUGAAGCAAUGGUCAAUGAAAAUGUCAGUCUUGUCAUCUCGAGACAGCUGCUCACAGAUUUCUGCACACAUCUCCCCAACCUGCCCGACGCCACAGCUAAAGCAGUGUAUCACUUCACCUUGGAAAAGAUUCAGCCGAGGGUCAUCUCCUUUGAGGAACAAGUAGCCUCAAUCAGACAGCACUUAGCAACCAUUUAUGAAAAGGAGGGAGACUGGAGAAACGCUGCCCAGGUUUUAGUUGGCAUUCCCCUGGAAACAGGACAGAAGCAAUACAAUGUUGACUAUAAGUUGGACACAUACCUGAAAAUUGCCCGACUCUACUUGGAGGAUGAUGAUCCAGUGCAGGCAGAGGCCUACAUCAACAGAGCCUCACUGCUUCAGAAUGAGUCCUCUAAUGAACAGCUGCAGAUACACUAUAAGGUAUGCUAUGCCAGAGUCCUAGACUUCAGGAGGAAGUUCAUUGAAGCUGCUCAAAGAUACAAUGAGCUGUCAUACAAAUCAAUUGUCCAUGAAAGUGAACGUCUGGAAGCACUGAAACAUGCCCUGAACUGCACCAUACUGGCCUCUGCAGGCCAGCAGCGCUCCCGUAUGUUGGCCACCCUCUUUAAGGAUGAGCGCUGUCAGCAGCUGGCUACCUACGGUAUUCUGGAGAAGAUGUACCUGGACCGUAUUAUCAGAGGCAACCAGCUGCAGGAGUUUGCUGCCAUGCUGAUGCCUCACCAGAAAGCCACCACAGCGGAUGGCUCCAGCAUCCUCGACAGAGCUGUGAUUGAACACAACCUCCUGUCUGCUAGCAAACUCUACAACAACAUCACUUUUGAAGAACUAGGAGCACUAUUGGAAAUCCCCCCAGCAAAGGCUGAGAAAAUUGCUUCACAGAUGAUCACUGAAGGACGCAUGAAUGGCUUCAUCGAUCAGAUAGAUGGCAUUGUACACUUCGAGACCCGUGAACCCCUUCCUACAUGGGACAAACAGAUCCAGUCUCUGUGUUUUCAAGUCAACAACCUCUUAGAAAAGAUCCGUCAGGCUGCUCCGGAGUGGGCUGCGCAGGCGGUCGAAACCCAGAUGACCCAGUAAACAUCCCCAACCCCUCCCAAAAAAUCCCCCACACUGCUUCCUCCGCCUGUCCCAAAGGGUUGUCUUCCUGGUCAAAAAUGUCACCACUUCAGUCCCAGUACUGAACCCGCCCGCGGAGAGAGGCCUCUGGUAUCACCAUCACUUGUUUCAAAGAACACUGUUUCAUUCUUUUGCCCACGGGGAAAAUAUGUUUCUCAAUAUUUCAGAUCUGUGUCUGGCAUAGAUGUAAUCACAGGAGGGAUGUAAUGCAACAUUUAGGUGUGACUUCAAAUUGGUUACUUGCCAUUUUAAACAUUUGGAUAUGUUCAUUUGGAUAGCUGACAUGUAAUAGGGUCAAAAAGAAGUGAAAAAUAUGAAUAACUGGUCCAUUUAAUCUUUUGUUUUCCAACACAUUCUUAUGUUUUUAAUGUAACAUAAUGACACAGCAAUAUCUGCCAAGUGGGUCUUGAUUUAUUCAUGCAAACCUCCUCUGUCUACAUCCACGAAAUUACAGCAAAGAGAAUUAAAUUCAAAGCUGAGAGAAAGAGUUAUUUUCUGCUUCAGUAAUAAUUCAUUGAAAUGUAAUCAAAGUUUAAAUAAGCAUUCAUGCGACAAAGUCACGACAUGCAGCUUUCCCGUCACGUUUUCUUUUAAUCAUCUAGAUGUUCCUUCUGGUUUUCCUGUGAGAAAAUAAUUGUAGGUCAGAGUGUUGGAUGAUUCAGACGGCAAAUCUUCAAGCAUUAAUGUAGGUUUUCUCCCUGUUAGCCUCCCACAGCACACACUCAUUGGACUCAUUCCACUGGACCCACACACAGGUUUAAAGAGGUCUGGUCACCGUCUGUCUGUUAUCCAGGCUGAAAAAUGUCUUAAUGAUACAUACACAACAUUCAUGUGAAAUGCAAGAUUUUAAAAACACUUUUGCUCCUCUUAAACUACAAUAAUUUGUACGACAUAUAAUAUCAAAUUAUUUUACCUUUUCGUAGUUGAGUCCUGAUAAAGAACACAACGCACACAAGUUGUGCUGCUGUUGGCUGCAGCAGCUCAUGACUAAUAUACAUGUAUUUGUAGAAAUUAACUCACUUGAUUAACUUACUUGAAAGGAAGAACAUGAUGACGACUAAAAGCAGAGAAUGCAUUAAGCUGCAUAAUGACAAAACCUUAAAGGCGCAGUGGAAACUCCCCAGUGCACAUUUUCAUUUCCGGUAUUUAUAAUCCAAUAACGUGUUCAUGUCAUUUACAUGCACAGUUUCUAUUACAGUUCUAAAGUUUACAAUUGUGAAUUAAUUGUACUGAUAAGUAUCAUCUGUGAAGCCGAAUCCUGAUAAAAGGUAGCGUGUACAUGCUGUAAAAAAAAAAAAUUUAUGAAAGAGCUGGACUAUUGCAUGUCGUAAAGUCUUUUCUCACAGCGUAUCAGAAGGGGCAAAGGUCUAUUCCAUCAAGGUGCGCCAGCGAGAAAAACAACGUCCUGAAACUGGCACCACUAAAUGGAAAAGCUAAUAUAAUAAUUAAUGUUCUGGUGCACAUAUGAGGCACGUUAAAAGUUGUAAGAAUGAACUCAACACUCACAUAAACGUUUGUGGUUGUAGCUCAGUUCAUUGUUGUUUUUUUCUUUUCUCAGGAAUUUUUUAUGACAAUGAAAAACUUGAUAAUUCUCGCUGUCUUCAAACUAAUCGUCAAUAAAAUAAAGAAAUACAAAGA